CCCGGCCGGGAUAAUCCGGGGCGGCCCCAGAACCAGCGGCGUGCAGCGCUCCAGGUAGGCCGUCCCGCGCAAAGAGAGGGGUGCGCGUGAGAAGCGGCACGAUUUGCCAGGUAUUGAAGAGAUCUACUUGUAGGCAAAGUUGUCUCUGAAACUAUGGCUGAUGCAAAAACUUUACUUGAUAUUCAAGAGUACCCUGACAAUGAGGUGCAGAAACACCAAGCGCUAACUCUGGAAGAAUGGCAACAAAAGUGGGUGAACCGCAACAUUGCAUUUCAUCAAGAACAAGGAAAUCAGCUAUUAAAGAAGUAUUUGGAUACUUUUCUUGAAGGCAAGAAUGGACUGAGGGUAUUUUUUCCUCUUUGUGGAAAAGCAGUUGAGAUGAAAUGGUUUGCAGAUCAAGGACACAGUGUCGUUGGUGUAGAAAUCAGUGAACUUGGAAUACGGGAAUUUUUUACAGAGCAGAAUCUUACUUACUCGGAAGAGCCAGUCAUGGAAAUUCCUGGAGCCAAACUAUUCAAGAGUUCUUCAGGGAACAUUUUGUUGUACUGUUGCAGCCUGUUUGAUCUUCCCAGAGCAAAUAUUGGCAAGUUUGACAGGAUUUGGGAUAGAGCAGCAUUAGUCGCUAUCAACCCAGGAGAUCACCAACGCUACACAGAUAUCAUGCUGUCCCUCAUGGAGAAAGGGGCUCGCUACCUAUUGUCUGUUCUUUCUUAUGAUCCAACGAAAUAUGCAGGGCCACCAUUUUAUAUUCCAGACGCUGAAAUUCAGAGAUUGUUUGGCUCAAUGUGCAAUAUUCAUUGUCUGGAAAAGGUUGAUAUUUUUGAAGAAAAAUAUAAAAGAUGGGGGAUUGAUUACCUUUUUGAAAAUUUAUAUCUACUUACAGAAAAGUGAGAUACAAGCAAGAAAUAGCAACAUGUUUUUGAGCAACUAAAAUGUAUUAAAGAAUGAAAAUAUAAUGGAUGUCUUUUGGAAAAAUUGUUCACAAAUUGUUCACCACAGAUCUUUGCUCAAAAAUGCAUAAUUUUAGAAAAAAAAUCACAUAUAAAUGAUAAAGUUAGCUUUGGAAAUGAGAGGGGAUGGGAGAUUUUACCUGUGUGAUCUAUUACAGAUUGCAAGAAUCCUUCAGUGUCAGCUGAAGGAUUACUUAUAUAAUUAAAAAUUACUUGUAUUACUCAUAUAAUUAAAAAACAAAAGUAUAAUGUGUAUAAUAAAAAAUAUAACAGAUGUAAAAACAUUGGCAUUCUCUAUGAAAUUUGGAUCCAUUAAGGGAAUAGAAUAUUUUAACAAUGAUCAAGAUAAAAUAAAGUGGCCCAAGAAAUUAUAUAAAAUACUAGCUUUGCUCAUAUACCCUAUUCUCAAAUCCUAACCUGUCUUCACAUUUUGCCUCCUUGUGUAAUUAUAUAUGGAAUAGAAUCAAGAAACAAAUGUAAAGAUUAAAUCAACAAAGUAACCUUUGUAGAACCAAAAAUGUUUUUCCCAAACGCUGUAAAA